AUGCUCACAAGGCUGCUACAGAUACAAGCGCCUGCCAACAGGCGCUUUUUCCAGACUUCGGCGCCGCAGCUGGCCAAGAAGAUGACCCGUGCUGACCUUAAAAAGGAGAACGCUAAGAGAACGCAGAAGAAGCGUACACAGGCCAGAAAGGCCCCUGAGACCUCUCCUUUGUUUUUAGAGGUGCCCGAGGCGUUGCGGUACUUGAGAGCUGCUGAAGUGGGCAGACCAGUUAACGAAGCCACGAUUACCACCUCUACCGUGGUGGUUUCCGACAAGGGAGUGACCCCAGUGGCCGGAUCCGUGAGACUCCCCAGGCCUCUGAAGCAGACAAACAUAUGUGCGCUCACAACGAUACCAGAACAGGCUGAAAAUGCGAAAAAGACCGGUGCGCAGGUUGUUGGUGGCCUGGAGGUGAUCAAGGGAAUCAAGGAUGGCUCCAUUGAACUCACCUUUGACAACGUUUUUGCCACGCCUGAGAUGGUGCCUCAUCUCCGCGAGAUUGCCAGAGUGCUUGGACCAAAGGGAUUGAUGCCAAACGCAAAGAGAGGCACUAUCGUUGACGACUUGGAGAAGAAGAUCACCGAGGCCUCUGGAACCACGCCGUUCAGACAGAAGUCAGUGCUGGUGGCUCUCGCUGUUGGGAAGUGCCAUUUCUCCGACUCUGAAAUCCUGAAAAAUAUCAUGGCCACCAGAAAGGCAAUCAGGGAGGCUGCCGCCAAGAUCGACUCGCCCCAACCAGUGCUGAUUGGCCAGACCACUAUCACUUCCACGCACGGUCCAGGAAUAGUGAUAAACUUUUGA